CAGCCUCGCUCUGGCUCGCGCCGCGCCUCCGCGCCGAGUCCGCGCGUCAGUCGAUCCCGAGCGCGGCUGCCGGGAGGCGGGCUGCAGCCAGCGGAGCGCGCCGAUCCCGGGAGGCGGCGGUGUCCGCGGGCGUCUAGGGAGGAGGCUCGGAGCCCGGAGAUUCGCGCAGCGCGAUGGCCCCCAUUGGCCUCAAAGCCGUGGUCGGAGAGAAGAUCAUGCAUGAUGUGAUAAAGAAGGUAAAGAAGAAGGGCGAGUGGAAGGUGCUGGUGGUGGAUCAGCUGAGCAUGAGGAUGCUGUCUUCCUGCUGUAAGAUGACCGACAUCAUGACCGAGGGGAUCACGAUUGUGGAGGACAUCAACAAACGCAGAGAGCCGCUCCCCAGCCUGGAGGCCGUGUACCUUAUCACGCCCUCUGAGAAGUCGGUCCACUCUCUCAUCAGCGACUUUAAGGACCCACCGACCGCCAAGUACCGCGCGGCUCAUGUCUUCUUCACCGACUCUUGUCCAGACGCCCUGUUCAACGAGCUGGUAAAAUCACGAGCCGCCAAAGUCAUCAAAACUCUGACGGAAAUCAACAUUGCCUUUCUCCCGUAUGAGUCCCAGGUAUAUUCCUUGGACUCUGCUGACUCCUUCCAAAGCUUCUACAGUCCCCACAAGGCUCAGAUGAAGAAUCCAAUCCUGGAGCGCCUGGCGGAGCAGAUCGCCACUCUGUGUGCCACCCUGAAGGAGUACCCAGCCGUGCGGUAUCGGGGGGAAUACAAGGACAAUGCUUUGCUGGCUCAGCUAAUCCAGGACAAGCUCGACGCCUACAAAGCGGAUGACCCGACGAUGGGGGAGGGCCCAGACAAGGCGCGCUCCCAGCUCCUGAUCCUGGACCGCGGCUUCGAUCCCAGUUCCCCCGUCCUUCAUGAAUUGACUUUUCAGGCCAUGAGUUAUGACCUGCUGCCUAUUGAAAACGAUGUAUACAAGUACGAAACGAGCGGCAUCGGAGAGGCGCGAGUGAAGGAAGUGCUUCUGGACGAGGAUGACGACCUGUGGAUAGCGCUGCGCCACAAGCACAUCGCGGAGGUGUCCCAGGAGGUCACCCGUUCUCUGAAGGAUUUUUCUUCCAGCAAGAGAAUGAAUACUGGAGAGAAGACCACCAUGCGGGACCUGUCCCAGAUGCUGAAGAAAAUGCCCCAGUACCAGAAGGAGCUCAGCAAGUAUUCGACCCACCUGCACCUGGCGGAGGACUGCAUGAAGCACUACCAAGGCACCGUGGAUAAGCUCUGCCGGGUGGAACAGGACCUGGCCAUGGGCACGGAUGCCGAAGGGGAGAAGAUCAAGGACCCCAUGAGAGCCAUCGUCCCCAUUCUGCUGGAUGCCAAUGUCAGCACUUACGACAAGAUCCGCAUCAUCCUUCUCUACAUCUUUUUGAAGAACGGCAUCACGGAGGAGAAUCUGAACAAGCUGAUCCAGCACGCCCAGAUCCCGCCAGAGGACAGCGAGAUCAUCACCAACAUGGCGCACCUCGGGGUGCCCAUCGUCACCGACUCCACGCUGCGUCGCAGGAGCAAACCGGAACGGAAGGAGCGCAUCAGCGAGCAGACCUACCAGCUCUCACGAUGGACCCCGAUUAUCAAAGACAUCAUGGAGGACACGAUUGAAGACAAACUGGAUACCAAGCACUACCCUUACAUCUCCACCCGCUCCUCGGCCUCCUUCAGCACCACGGCCGUCAGCGCCCGCUAUGGGCACUGGCAUAAGAACAAGGCCCCGGGGGAGUACCGCAGUGGGCCCCGCCUCAUCAUCUUCAUCCUGGGAGGCGUGAGCCUGAACGAGAUGCGCUGCGCUUACGAGGUGACCCAAGCCAACGGAAAGUGGGAAGUGCUCAUAGGAUCCACGCACAUUCUCACCCCACAGAAACUGCUGGACACGCUGAAGAAACUGAAUAAAACAGAUGAAGAAAUAAGCAGUUAAAAAAAAUAAGCCGCCCCUCCAAAAACCAACGCGCCCCGUCCCCGAAGUGCUCGCAGCCCCGACCGCUGACCGCCUCGGUUACUCUGCCGACGACCCCGUCCCUCCAUCGCCUCCCCCAGCCCUGCACGCCCGGCCGGCACUGUCGCCGCUGCGUUCUCGUGUUUGCUGGUGCCCUCUUCUCGUUUGAAACGAAAUCAUGCAUUGUGUUUUUUAAAAAGAGUAUCUUCUAUAUGUAUCCUAGAGAAGCAGUUCGGUUCGAAGAGACACGCUGCCGAUGGGUUUCGGUUACUGGUUAGGAUGAAUGGACAGCUCCUCCCCGUGAGUCAUGAUUUUAUGACCUUGUACAUAACCCAGCGUGACGUGUGUAAAUUGCUUGCGUCUGGAAAGGUAGACGGUUGGGUGUUUUUAGAAACCCGUUUGGGGUUGCUCUUGUUCUUCCCGGGAAUCACAGCGACGCCCGAUGGAGUAUUUCAAACUGAGGAGUCCUCUGUCGUCCCAGCCCAGUCCCCACCCCUCGGUGCUGGCUCUCAUCCAGAUAAGCUUGGGAGUGACACUCAGCUGACAACGCGUGAGGUUGGAGCUUUCCCCAGGGGCUCUUUCCCCUGGGUGCGGGGUGGGGGCUGGAGGUGUCCACGGAAAGGCAGGCUGGGUGCUGGGUGCGGGUUGGCACGCGGUCUCUGUCACUGUGCCCGGAUGAGUGACGAGCAAGCGCCCACUGAGGACCUGGGUCUCUUGGAGAAGCAGUGAGACCUGGUCCUUCUGACCAGAACCCAUUCUUCCCAGGCAUCACCCCCGCACCAGAGCUCCUCUUUCUCCAAGGGGUCAGCCUGGGUAGAGUCCAAAGGGCAGGAAAGGAGUAGGACAAAGUGGGUUCUGCAGGCUCCUGGUGGAGGCCCUUUCCUAUAGAGCACGCUCUGUGCCCCUGAGGCUUCAAACCGCUGGAUUGCUAUGGACCCUGUUCCCACUCAGAUUAUCCUCAGUUUAAGAUACUUCGUAAUUCUUUCAUUUGUGUAGCGUGGGGUCCUAUGUCAUCAUCGUGCUUGUAAGAGAAAAAGGGUCAUUUUAUUCUCUGUAUAAAAACAUAGCUGUAUAAAACUUAGCUCUCGUGCAGAAAUCAAAGACGCAAAUGCAAGAAGGAUGUCUCGGCGUCCUCAGGACUCAGCAGCUCGCUCUCCAGAAGGGGGCGCACUAUUUGUUCUGCUGCUGUUGUGAACUCUAAUGACAGUGGAAGUCACAAAAAUGUCCCGCGCCCCGCCCCCUUGAACUCCCCGCAGACUGUGCGUGUAUUCCUGUCUCGUGCCGUCGUCGUUGCAAACGUGGUGUGUGCUAGUUCCCCGCGGCCCCCCACUUCCCUUUUAGAAUAUGCCCCCCCCCCCCACCCCGCCGCCUGCCCCGUUAGAUGCAUCGUGGCGUUCUCUUCUCAAGGCUUUGAAAUCUCCCCUCUGCACUCAGAUUAGUUUUCAGGUCUGUCUCCCUUCUUCCUCCCCCCUACCCCGACGAGAUCUUAUUUCCUUCGGACAGACUGUAGAUACCUGCCUUGGUUUGUUUCUUCCCGUUCACUGCUUGUUUUGUCCCCCUCGCCCCCCGAUCCUCGACCAAACAAACGAUGCUCAUGCUUCAGGACCUUGUGUGACCAACACGUCAGUUUUCCUUUCUGUUAUUUAUAUAAAAAUAAUUUAUCAAAAGGAUAUUUUAAAAAAAAAAAGCUAGUCUGUCUUGAAACUUGUUUACCUUGAAAAUUAUCAGAAUCUCAGUGUUUGGAAGUAUUGAAGCACAAACUGUAUCAUCUCUGUACCGUUCUGUACUAAAGCACUCGAGUCUAAUAAAUAAAUAAAUCAGCGCCCA